AUGGAGAGGAGCGCACGGACGUGGGCAGCGCAGGGAGCGUCUGGCCGGGCUCGGGCUCACCACGGCUGGCAGUGGCAAGAAGGAGCAGCCCUCUCCUCCCGCCAUCCCCCUGCGGCGCCCACCAUGAGGAGCCUUAUUGCCGACCACAGCAGAUACGUCAAGUCCUUCCGCGUCUUCCUCAAGAGCUCCACGGAGCACCAGUGUGUGCGGGACUUCGUCGAGAAGCAGCUGCCUGGCCUCAUCUCCAGUAUCGGAAAUGGGAAAUCUACAAUCAAUAUUCUAAGCAUCGGUGGUGGUGCAGGUGAGAUUGACUUGAUGAUGCUCUCGAAAGUGCGAGCCAGGUACCCAGGAGUCACCAUCAACAACGAGGUGAUAGACCCAAAUGCUGAGCAAAUCUUCAGCUACAAAGAGCGUGUAGCGAAGACAUCAAACCUCGAGAACAUAAAGUUUACCUGGCACAAGGAGACAGCUCAUGAAUAUGAAAGUCGAAUGAGUGCAGAAAAAUCUUCUAAAAAAUGGGACUUCAUUCAUAUGAUUCAGAUGCUGUACUAUGUGAAGGACAUCCCGGCCACCAUCCGGUAUUUCCACCAGCUCCUGGAGAAGCAGGCGAAGCUCCUCAUCAUCCUUGUGUCAGGAAACAGUGGCUGGGAAACACUGUGGAAGAAAUAUGGGCCUCACCUCCCUCUAACUGAUCUUUGCUGUCAUGCUACCUCUGCUGACGUCAAAGCGAUCCUCGACUCCGCAGGGCUGAAGUACCAGCUCUACGAGCUACCAUCCGACAUGGACAUAACCAGCUGUUUCAUGGAGGGGAGCAUGGAUGGGGAGCUCUUGUUGGAUUUUUUGACAGAAACUUGUGAGUUUUCCAAAACUGCCCCUCCUGAACUGAAACAGCAAAUAAUGGAAGAAUUAAGAAAACCUGGAUGCAGCCAAGAAAGAGAUGGGAAGGUGCUUUUUAACAACAAUCUGAGUGCAAUAGUGGUAGAGCCAUAAAUUAACUUUAUCCCUUUUCUUCAUCCAAAUGCUAAGCCAGACACAAACUGCUAGCAGAAAUCAGAUUUUUUUUUUGCCUUAUCAAUGGUCUAGUUUAUUUCAGGAUUGGUAAAUACCUUUGGAGGUACCCUUUCCUUUUUGAUUAAGAAAUCAGUACUAAUGUCUGCUGUUUUAAGCAAGCUUUAAUACAUGAUUAAUUYUGUACUUACUUGUGCAUGCAGAAUUUAGGGAACAGUAAAUGGUGCUUUAUUGUAUGUAUGUUGUAUAAUCAGCUUGGGUGUAACUGAAGCACUGUGGAGACCUGUCCGUUUCCUCUGGCUGAUGCAUAAGCAGUAACAGUGGCCUGUGUGCAAGGUUAUCCUCAACAGCUAAAAACUGCAGAGCACAUUUAGUAGUUUACAGCUUCUUACACCUGGCAAAACCUGAGGCUCAGAACAGCGACUGUUCGGGUGGUUGCACGACCCAAUUUUUUCAACUCAUGAUUUCAAAACCUCGUGUCUCUAUGAUAGCAGAGGUCCAGAGCCGUGUGACAGCAGCGCUUCCCUGUGCAAGUUAACGCCAUCAGACUGUGCUGCUUCCCUGCUCCCGUGUUUCCAUUGUUUUUAUGGUGAUGCAGUACCCAUGUUCCUGGGCUGCAGAUGGCGGGUGCUCAGAGGAGGCCAUUGGACAUGGGGCUUAUCUCGCAUUUUUAUUUAAAAGUGCAAAAUUCUAGUGCUGGCCUCUAAAUAGCCUCAUAGCAAGGGUCACAUUCAGCUUGUCAACUUUUUCAGGUGACAGUCAUGAAGAUAAAUUUAGAAGCCAAACUGACACUUUUUGGUGGGAUUUAUCUCAUUUCCAGUGGAGUUGCAUCUGGGAAAUGCAUCCCCUGUCUAGGAUGAGACAUCCAGCAGGAGCAAACAUUUUUGAACCUUGUUUUUCAUGGCUGGGUUGAUGAUCCUGCUCCGGAGCACCUGUUUGCCGGGAUUCCCAGCCGGAGCAUCCUCCUGCUCCUUCUCCURCAUCUCCUCCCCGGGAGCAGCGGCCCCAGCUCGGUGCCUGAUGCAUUGGUUCUGCUAAACAAUUUUAUGGCUUGAAGAGCUUGGCUGAGCUUAUCCAGGGAGGCAGGUGGGAUUUCCACCGCUGAAAGGAUUUGAUUCAGUGCCGAAAUGCUUUGCUUUAUGUAACACUUCGGCUACAAGAAAUAAUGUUUUAUUUUAGAGUAGUGCUUAUUUCCAACGCAAUCUAGAUUAACAAAAUGAUUAGAAAUGAUUUACUAGUAAAUGUAUCAGGCAUUAGUGGCUGCUUAUAUUCAUUUUUAAGGUGAAUUAUUUGGAACACGUGCUUCUUCCAGUGAUCAAAUAUUAAUCCCAGUGUACUUUAGGACAUUUCCAAAAUACUUCUUAGUUGAYGAGCAGAACAAAAUCUAUUGCAUCUAUUGCUGCUUUUAUAUAGUGCCAUGCGUGGCACCCUGUGUUAGAUGAUCUCAAUAUUUUCUGACA